CAUUCUUGUGAGGUUGGAGAGCGCGGAGCUGGAUUGUGCGCUCGUGCCCUCUACUCUUCGGAUACCGUGAUUCUUUCUGCAGCAUGGGUGGACAUGGAAAGCACUGCCGUCUGUGUAUUAACCUUUUCUUUUCAUAAGUAGUGGAAUUUGCGUUUUGUUUUGCUAUUUUGGAUGGCAUCCUGAGCGAGGAGGAGCCCCUGUGUGCAUGUGUGCGCGCGCGCGUGCGUGCAUGCCUGUGUGUGUGUUUGCGCGCGCGUGUGUGUGUGUGUGCGCGUGCAGCAGCAAGAGCUUCAUCCUCUCAGCGCCUGGUUUUAGCUCUUUGGCUAUAGCUAAAGGAAUGAGAAAGCGCAGGUGUGCAGAAGGGUGAGCUUAAAUCUGCACUGUGGUUUUGGUCAAAACAGAGAGAGAGACAGAGAGACAAGAGACACACACACAGAGAGAGAGAGAGAGAGAGAGAGAGAGAGAGAGAGAGAGAGAGAGACACUCACAGAGAGAUACAAGAGACACAGAGAGACAAGAGACACAGAGAGAGACACAGAGAGACAAGAGACACAGCGAGAGAGACACAGAGAGAGAGAGAGGGACAGAGAGAAAGGCUCAGUGUAACAGAAGACAGUAAAGUCUUGAAAUCAAAAGUAUAAGUAAAAACACUGCAAGCUGUGACCAGGGGCAGAAAGCGUCUGGUGCAACAUCUCCACAUCUCACUGGAUCCUACGUGAAAAACCUCAGGAAAAAUGUCAUCCCAAGCAAAAUACAAGAAGGACAAGGAGAUCAUUGGGGAAUAUGAAACGCAAGUUAAAGAGAUCCGUAAUCAGCUGGUGGAGCAGUUUAAGUGUCUGGAGCAGCAGUCGGAAUCUCGGAUCCAGCUGCUGCAGGACCUGCAGGAGUUUUUCCGCCGCAAAGCCGAGAUUCAGCUGGAGUAUUCGCGUAGUCUGGAGAAACUAGCCGAGAGGUUCUCGUCCAAGAUUCGCUCCUCCAGAGAACACCAGCAGUUCAAGAAAGACCAGCACCUCCUGUCUUCAGUGAACUGCUGGUACCUGGUUUUAAAUCAGACUCGGAGAGAAAGCCGUGACCACGCCACUCUCAACGACAUCUACACGAACAAUGUCAUCGUCCGCCUGGCGCAGAUCAGCGAGGACGUCAUUCGCCUCUUUAAAAAGAGCAAAGAAAUUGGCAUUCAGAUGCAUGAGGAGUUGGUGAAAGUGACAAAUGAGCUCUACACGGUGAUGAAGACAUACCACAUGUACCAUACGGAGAGCAUCAGUGCUGAGAGCAAGCUAAAGGACGCCGAAAAGCAGGAGGAGAAACAGUACAGCAAAUCCGGCGACCUGAACGUCAAUCUCCUGCGGCACGAGGAUCGCGCCCAGCGCCGCAGCUCUGUCAGGAAGAUUGAGAAGAUGAAGGAGAAGAGACAAGCCAAGUAUUCAGAAAACAAGCUGAAAUGCACAAAAGCUCGCAACGACUAUUUAUUGAAUUUGGCAGCCACCAACGCCGUAGUGGCAAAAUACUACAUUCACGACGUCUCUGACAUGAUUGAUUGCUGUGACCUCGGAUAUCAUGCUAGCCUGGCACGCAUGUUUAGGACCUAUCUCUCUGCUGAGUACAACCUGGAGACUUCACGCCAUGAAGGUCUGGACCUGAUCGAGAGCGCCGUAGACAACCUGGACUCUCGCAGUGACAAGCACAAGAUCAUGGACAUGUACAACCAGGUGUUCUGUCCUCCCAUGCGCUUUGAGUAUCUGCCUCACAUGGGAGAUGAGGUGUGCCAGGUGAGCGCUCAGCAGCCAGUCCAGACAGAGCUCCUGAUGCGCUACCAUCAGCUGCAGUCGCGCCUGGCUACACUCAAGAUCGAGAACGAGGAGGUGCGCAAGACCCUGGAUGCGACAAUGCAGACGCUUCAGGACAUGCUGACCGUGGAGGACUUUGACGUGUCUGAUGCCUUCCAGCACAGCAGAUCCACAGAGUCUGUUAAAUCAGUGGCAUCUGAAGGCUACAUGAGCAAGCUGAACAUCGCCAAGCGGCGCUCCAACCAGCAGGAGACCGAGCUCUUCUACUUCACAAAAUUUAAAGAGUACCUGAACGGAAGCAACCUCAUCAUUAAACUGCAGGCCAAGCAUGACCUCCUGAAGCAGACGCUGGGGGAAGGAGAAAGAGCUGAGUGUGGAACGACAAGACCCCCUACCCUACCCCCGAAGCCACAGAAACUACGGAAACCUCGGCCACGCUCCGUCUAUAAUCAUAAGCUGUUUAACGGAAAUAUGGAGACCUUCAUUAAGGAUUCAGGUCAGCCCAUACCUCUUGUAGUGGAAAGCUGCAUUCGAUACAUCAAUCUCUAUGGUCUGCAGCAGCAAGGCAUAUUUCGAGUUCCUGGAUCUCAGGUGGAAGUCAACGAUAUUAAAAAUUCAUUUGAGAGAGGUGAAGACCCACUUAUUGAUGAUCAGAAUGAUCAUGAUAUAAACUCAGUGGCAGGGGUUCUGAAGUUGUACUUCAGAGGAUUGGAGAACCCACUCUUCCCGAAGGAACGCUUCCUGGACUUCAUCUCCACCAUUAAGCUCGAGUCAUCUGCUGAAAGAGUCCAUCACCUUCAGCAGCUCAUAGUCACUCUUCCACGUACCAUCAUCAUCGUCAUGAGAUACCUGUUUGCGUUCCUCAAUCAUCUGUCGCAGUACAGUGAUGAGAAUAUGAUGGAUCCCUACAACCUGGCCAUCUGCUUCGGACCCACUCUGAUGCCCAUCCCGGACAGCCAGGACCCUGUGGCCUGUCAGGCCCACGUAAACGAAGUCAUCAAGACCAUCAUCAUGCACAGUGAGGUCAUCUUCCCGAGCCACAGGGAACUUGAGGGCCCUGUUUAUGAGAAGUGCAUGACUGGAGGAGAGGAGUACUGCGAUAGCCCGCACAGUGAACCAGGCACCAUUGAUGAGGCGGACAACGGAACUGAGCCACACACCAGUGAAGACGAGGUAGAGCAGAUAGAAGCAAUCGCUAAAUUCGACUACGUAGGACGCACACCCCGAGAACUCUCCUUUAAGAAGGGCGCAUCACUGCUGCUCUACCACAGAGCGUCAGAGGACUGGUGGGAAGGCAGACAUAAUGGUGUGGACGGUCUCAUCCCUCAUCAGUACAUCGUAGUACAGGACCUGGACGACGCCUUUUCUGAUAAUCUAAGCCAGAAGGCAGACAGUGAGGCAAGCAGCGGGCCUCUGCUAGAUGACAAGUCCUCCUCCAAAAAUGACCUCCAUUCACCGUGUGAGACAGCACCGGAGUAUAACUUCAGUGCAGUGAUGGGCAGGGUACGUUUGCGUUCGGAUGGUGCGGCUAUCCCACGGCGCCGCAGUGCUACAGAUAGCCACAGUCCCCCACGUGGAUCUGACACACCGCCUCGUGCAGCCGCAUGUCCCAGCAGCCCUCACAAAGCCAUGCUGAGCAGCAGGAACCGUGUGGAAAGUCCUGAUAAGAGACGCCUGGGCACGUUCGGCAGUGCUGGCACUAUAAACUACCCUGAGAGAAAGGUGUAUGGAGAGGGCCAUCCACUGAGAACGAGCACUGGCACACGCCACAGCAGCUUGGGAGAUCAUAAGAGCCUGGAGGCUGAGGCUUUAGCUGAGGACAUAGAAAAGACGAUGAGCACGGCUCUGCAUGAGCUGCGUGAGCUGGAACGCCAGAACACAGCCAAACAGGCCCCGGAUGUGGUGCUGGACACACUGGAGCCACUGAAAAACCCUAUAAGCUCGGAACCAGCCAGCCCCUCACACACCAUCGCCAUCCGUGACCCCGAGGCGGCUCUGAGACGUGGGAGCAGCUCCUCCUCUAGUGCUGCUGAGACCAUGAUGAUGAGCACGUUCAAGCCAGCGCUGUGUGCCAGGCUGCCAGGUGCCCAGCUGCGACCUCCGGCUAUAAGGCCCACACGCCCCGUUCCCUCUCAGCAGCAGCGCUCCAGCAGCUCAGGCUCAUCCGGAGUGGGCAGCCCUGCCAUCACCCCCACUGACAAGAGCUUUCCCAGCAGCCCCUCCUCUAACACAGCCGACAAACACGGAGGCAGCAUGUAGCUCCACCAAGAGUCAGGGUCAGGGUUGGUUCUCUGAUGUGUAAUUCAGCCAGCCAUAUGAAGACCAAAUUGAAGGGGAAACGUUUCACGUUGUUUUUUUAUUUUAGUUUUUUUUUUUUUUUUUUCCAGAAUGAGCCUCAGAAUACUACAGAAGUGAGCUGUGGUUACUAAGGCAACAAGGCAUAUGAAGUCACAAAGUUUACUUUUCUAGCACGUAGAGGGGUAAAAAUAUAUUGGAAAGUAAUAGCAGCUGUGUACCACAUACAGUAGGGUCUAAAAGAAUCCACUGCUAAACACUUUUAUUUGUGUUAGUUCCAGCAUAAGUGAAUAUUUUUUUAAGCAUUUGCCUGCUUAUAUUUCUCCAACAGGACCAUUAUCAAGUUCAGCUGGACAAAAAAAUAUUGUGUUAAUUGUAUGUGUUACCGCUUCAUUGAAAAAUACGGCAUUCCAGUGUCUAAAAAUGGCAUGCACACUGAAUAUUCAGAGGUAUUUCAGAUUCGUAUGACGAACCUCCAAAUUGUUAAAUAAUACAUAUUAAGUGGAUUUUUUUUUUUUUUUUUUGGAGAGUGGAAUAAGUUUUGGACCCUACAGUAUAAAUUAGUAUAUAGUAGAUGUAUGUCUGUUUGAAUACACACAUACAGUAUAUGAUAUAUAUAUGUGUAUCGACAUCUUAAUCAGUAAUGUUAAUGAUAUUUCACCCUCUUAGGCCAGUUACACACAGUAGAGCAAUACUAAACAAUACUAUGUUUGUUCUGUCUGCACUGCUCGGCCAGAGGUGUUGUUAUUAAGAAGGUGGAGCUCUCCCUCUCCCUCUCUCUCUCUCUCUCUCUCUCUCUCUCUAUCUAUCUAUCUAUCUCUUUCUCUCUCUCUCUCUGUCCCUCUAUCAGAGACGGAGGUCCCAUGUAGCCCCUCCCCAAGAACCUGACUGUCACUCAAAGCAUCCUGUGACCAAGUCUGCCCACAUGGGUUGUUGUAAAUAGAGAUAUAAUGUACUUGAAUUGUUAAUGCCUUUUAUUUUGUAGGGAUGUUCAGUAAAGUAACAACCUAGCCAAGUUGUAAACAUAUAUGAGAUGCAGAAACUGAAACCAAUAUCCAUCACCAACUAAUUGUAAGAAACCUGUGGUAAAGAUAUAGUUUACUUUGUAUAUAGUUUUUAAGUAGGAUGUUCUUUUUUAAAUGUCAAACAUGUAUAUUUGGGGACAGAACAGGCAAGAAUAGAUUGCAUUUCAAAACAUCCAGUCACAACAGCAAACAAAGACUGCAUUCAUAAAUACGAGUACUUUUGUUCGCCGUCUGAGACGUUGUUUCUAAAUAUAUUCCACUUAACUCUGUCUUCAUCAAAAAAGCAUUUCUGAAACUCAUAAAUAUUCAGCACACAGAACCGGACCAAGACGAUUAUUCCUACUGAAACAAUUCCAGCUCUUCAUAAGGAGCCUUCGGGUUUUUUUGGGUGCACUUAGAAAAUUUGGUCCUCAGCAGUACAUUUAAAGGUGCUUAGCUUCUGAAAAGGGUUCUACAAGGAAACUCUUCUGAUCAGUAAACUCUCUGUUAUUACAUAGCAGGACAAGGGACAUGCUGAAGAUCUCAAAAUCUGUGGGUUUUUUAUCCUUUUAGAUAAUAGAUAAAUAUACAGUAGCUAUACCUAGCAAGGACAACGUUUAACCAGAUUUUCUUACUGUUUGUAGGAGAGGAUGCUGUAGCCUACUGAAAUAAAUCUAGGGGAAAAAAAAAACAAUUGAAAAGCAUCUAGUCGAUACCAAAUUAAGCUCAAACCUACAAAACACUUCUUGAUACACAUAUUGUACAACUGCACACAUACAUGGCCAAUUAAUCCUCAAUAACGUUAAUGCGUUCUUAUUUAUAUCGUUAUUAACAUGAGUCGUUGUUUUCCUGAGAUCUUAAAGGGCUUGAGUACAGUACACUGUAUUUCUAACCAACAUGGUUAUAUAGAGAUAUGUAGAGUCAUGUUAAUCCCACCUUGAUAAUUCCCACCAAUGCACAGCAGAUCCUGCAGGGAACAUCUCACUUGCCCCCAUUCUGUCACAUCAAUUCCAGUUCAUUUUUUAGCUGGUUUCCAGUUCUCACCCUCCUCCUGCUCACUGCAUUUGGAGGAGGAGUUCUUACUCAGGCACGAUGAUUGCCCGACUGAACCAAUUAUCCGCUUCAGUCAGUCUCUAAUCUCAUCCUCACUGCAGAUAAUCAAACAUGGCCACAUUUUUUUUUGCCCUCUAAUUUGCCGGCUCUUGCCUGUUCUGCUCUAAUUGUAAAUGCUUGUAUAGUUGCAAGAAAAAUUCUGCUGGGAAAAAAGUACUGUUACUGCACACUUUGCUUGGUUUGCGAUAUGAUGAUGUUCAGCGAGUGGAGCCCUUGUCUUAAUGUAUCAACAGCACAGCCAUCUUUAUCUGUCUCGUUAGUUAGUAAGGCUUUUGGUUCGAACACGCACAGGCAUCUGUGUCUGAGUCUUAGCCUUGAUCAAUGUGACAUUCUUUUUAUGUUGCAUUACAAUGACACGGUCCUUAUCUUACUGUCAGCGUUUUAUACCUGGUUGUGUUAGCACCCGGUAAUUAGCGGACGGUCGUUAAUUGCUGCUCAGCUAGCUCGGCCUUACCUUACACAUUGUCUUUCCUCACUCAUAAUCUGGUGACAGAUGUGCAUGACGAUGCAGUUGUGCCUUCCUCAGAUCUAUUACGCAGUCCUUUAAAAACAUACAUGGACUGUUGUUCAUUAGUACUUACUAACAUCGCAUUACUGUGACACACUGAUUUAGACAUAGAAAAUAUGAUGUCAAGCUCGAGAACAUGAGAAAGCCAUUCUCAUAUAACUUUGCCAAUUGCAGUGCGGCUGUUUUAAGGUUUAGUGCAUUAAGGCCUGCCCCGGUAAGAAAGCACCACAGACAGAGGAUAAGAAACAUUCAUCCCCUAUGUAAACUGAUCUAAACUGUGUCUUUCCUCGACAUUUGGAUGGUACCUUCAAAUGAGCACCUUUUAUACUUUGUCCUUAAUACCUGGGAAGGUGUACCUUUGAAUGUAGUGUACUUUUAAAGAUGACUUCUUAAACAUACACAACAAUAUAAUGGGGUCUUUAAGCCUCAGUUAGCUUCAAAUAUGUAUCUUAAAUAGUUUUAAGCAUAAAUGUAUAAAUGAAAGGGAGGUUUGCUGGUGCAGGGAGUAUUGUUGCCGUCUUACUACACAAGAGACCUUUGUCCAGUUACUGUCUGUGUGGAGUUUUGCAUGUUAGCCCUGUGUCCACAAGGAUUUCCUCUGAAUUCUCUGGAUUUCCUCUACCUCCUAAAAUCAUGCAUGUAGGAUGCCUGGCUAGAUUAAUUGCCUCUAGGUGUGAAGGACUGGCAUCCCGUCCACAACCACUGCUCCUCUGGAUAAUAAUAAUAAUAAUAAUAAUAAUAAUAAUAAUAAUAAUAAUAAUAAUGGUGUAAAAGGUGCAGUACUGAGGGUCCAACUUCAGUGAGGAAGGAUAUAAUUUAGUGUCUUUGUUUAAGAGUUCAUGUCGGAUGUAGUAGUGAUGAGUCGUUAAUGACAUCCAGUUUCUGCCCUACUGAUGAUUCCUCUGGCGUCUCUGCUUGGAAAGCCGGGAUACUAUGUCUUCAGUCCUACAGCAGGUCCUGCACUGCCUCCUGGAGGCCAGAAAGAGUUUCCUCUCGUGCUCUUCAUCUUCCUCUUCUGGAAAAUGCUGGAUUAAUGUGUUUAAUCAGAGAGCUGUCACUUAUAAUAAUGCAAUUUUUCUGUGUAGAAUAAAAUGUUACAUUAAAAUUAGCACUGAACAGUGAGUCAUUACAGUGAAUCAUUACAGUGAAUCGCACAAUGUACCAUCUCCAGUGAAGACAUCCACAAUGUAUAUAGACACACUGCCUCCCCCUGACAUGAUGUUAGUAGUGAUCUUAAAUCAGUAAUGCUAAUUUGGUUGUUCUUGAUCUUAUCUGAUUCACUGCCCAUUAACUACGACUCCAGUGUCUAAUAUGAGCACAAAGAGCACAUUUCCAUGUUAUGUAACUAACUUGCAUUUUAAUUUUAACCAUUAAUAAUUUUGGUGCCCAUCGAUUGUUGUUGACUUUGAUCAAAUGUCUUAAUUUUGAUCAAGUUUCUUUCUUGGAGUUUAUCAUAUUAUAAUUUGAACCAUCAGGGAGAUCUGCUCUAAUCCUCAUCUAGCAGUAAACAGCUUGUUGGCCUGCACUGGAUUCUCCUGAGGAAAGUGCUCAUGAGUAGGAGCUGUUGAACUUGUUAUUCGAGAGUAAUAGCAGAUGUAUGAAGGCUGCAGUCCAUAUCACACCAUCCUGAGGUUUUAAUCAUUACCAGCUGUUUCUUAUGUGUGUCAAGUAAUUCUUAUCAUUUGUGUCUCCUCUCUGUAUGACCUGAGACUGUGCUGCACAAAAGCUUUGACCUUCUGCCCCUUGUAUAAUCCUUCUACCUAUCGUUUUAGCUAAUGCAUCGCAGUAUUUAAGGCCUAGUCCAAUCUUCUAUGGUACUUGCACGUUUAUUGAGGCACUCGGUGUCCUCCUGUCCGUUACGGACUGUACAUGGACCAUAAAUUCUGGAAGAUUUUUUCUGUCGGUUUGAGAACGUAUGCUCUAAUGGGUGUGUAUUAUAUGUAUGCUUGAUUGUAUGUAUGCUAAAGGUAACAGAAUUCCUCCUUUCUAUAGACACAGCGUUCAUUAAACCAAACGUGCGUCUGUCUGUACUAGUGGGUUGUGAAUAUUGACAUACUGUUUUUCGCCCCUCCUAUUAACCCUUUUGUCUAAUGAUGCUGUUUGUUCAUGAGUGUUUGGAUGGUUGAUUCCUCCCUAUGAUGUAGGUUAACUGUACACCAUGCCACUGUUUGGAUGUGAUGAAUUCUCAAAUCCAAAAUAAAAACAGAUGACAUUUUUUGA